AUGGAACCCCUCCCUCUCUUCUUCGGGGACGGCACGGACGCGGCGCUCUUGUCCUCCCUCUGGUCCUUGCAGGACGAUCUGCAGCAGCCCCAGGAGGUAAACCACACAACCAACCUCCCAAUCCAAUCGCUCCUCUUCUCUUCUGCAAAGAACCGCCUGCGUCUUCCUGCUAGUACUUCGAUUCUACUACUCCUCAAGAGAGAGAGAGACUAAGAAAAAAAAAAACUUUGAUUCUACAAGUGUUCUUGCUGCUGCAUUCCUUGGCCAUGGCAGCAAUGGCUGGCCAGCUCCACCAAUUUGCCGUGUCUGCUGUUCGGAGGCUUGCAGAGGAUCUAUGUCUGCGUGUCCGUAGUCAAGGGGGUUAGGCAGGCAGUGGAAGAGAGGGCUCCUUUUGGGGCUCGAGACGUCUUGACACUUGCUAAAACGUAGUGGAAUUCCUCUCCUCCUCCCUCCCUAAUCUCUCUCUCUCUCUCACUCAAGGUCUUGCAUGUUCGGCUGAUCCUCGUGGAAAAUUAACUUUUGAUUAUACGUCUCUAGUUUCUUUAAACUUCUCCUCGUUUGGUUUACUUCACAGCGUGGUUUGGUCUAGUUUGGUUCACAUUUCCCUUCAACGAAAAAGUUUGGCACUGUAGUGAGAUGCUGUUCAAUGAUGGUGUUGUUUUGCCUUGGUCCCUGUGAGAGCGUGGCGGAGCUGAAACAGAGCCUGCUGGCGACGACGCUGCAGCUGGAGGCGGCCAAGGAGGAGCUCAAGAAGAAGGAGCAGAGCAUCGCCAAGCUCGCCGACCUCGUCCGCCAGGUGGCCAAGGAGCGCGACGACGCGCGCGACCAGCUGCAGCACCACCUCCUCGCCGCCACCCCUGCUGCGCCGGCCCCCGCGCCGGCGCCUCUCGUCACGUCCAGCGUCACCGACUCCGACUGCAGCCUCGUGUCAUCCCCCGUCGACCCCUUCUUCGACCCCGUCACCUCCGCCGACAAGCGCUGCAACCUCAGCCCGACCACGCCGCCGCCUCCUCCCGCCAGGCAGUGCCAACCCGGCGCCGGCGCCGACGCCGUGAUCGACAUGCUCGCCAGCAAGAGGCCUCUGCCGCAAAAGGGGAGGCUUUUGGCCGCCGUCAUGGAGGCUGGGCCCCUGCUGCAGAACCUGCUCGUGGCCGGGCAGCUCCCGCGGUGGCGCAACCCGCCGACAGUGCACCCCCCGGACAUGUUGCCCCUCGGCGCCCGCGCCGGAUACGUCGGCGGGCCCCUGGCUGGUGGCGCCCACGUGGCAGAGGCCUCGCUGGGCUACGGCGGCGGCAACGCCUGCAUGAAGCGGCCGAUGGCCAUGGUGCCCCUGACGCCCAUGGCCGCGGCCAACUGCUCGCCGGGCUUCAUAGCCAAGCGGCAUAGGCUGCACUGACAGCCGCGACGCGCUCCGAUAGUCCGAUCCGACCGCGCGGUUGUUGUCCGCCUGAUCACUGACAGGUGGGGUGGUUGGGCCCACCUGUCAGCGGCAAGGGAUUCACCAUUCUCCAUUGAUGAGUGAAACAUUUCAUGUCAUGGUGGUUAAUCAGCUGCUAACUGCAUAGUACUGUUGUUAUGAGAGUGAUAGAACUUACUAGAAGUAUAAAUAGGGUGAUGAUCAGGUGCUUAUGAUAAUGUGAUGUUAAUAGCAGGUAGGGCUUCAUAGUUCUUCUGUUUUUCUUUUUUUGGUUUUCCAUUUUUUUGGGCUUGUGAGUGUCUUAGGGUGAGGCUGUUCAUAGUUGACAUGGUGUUAGAGCCAACAUUUCUUGCUUUGUGGUGAGGAUUUUGGUUCAAUUGAUUUCAUCCACAGCCUUCAGUGGAGAGCUUGUUCUUGA